CUCUACGCAAGUUGCAGAAGUUUCACAAUGUAUGAAGGUUACGAGGUGCAUACGACCUAACUCGAACCGCUGUAUAGUUGCACAAAACUGUGAUUAAUAUGAAUCCACAGAUGUUUGCACGUUGCGUGCUGGUGGUGGCACUUGUUCAACUGGAACAGGGACAAGUGGCUUCUAACCCCAACAUCGUCUUGUUCCUGGCCGAUGACCUCGGGUACGGGGAUUUGGGGUGUUAUGGCAAUGACAAGGCAACUACCCCUAACAUUGACGGACUGGCAGGGGAUGGUUUGAGAUUUACUAGGAUGUAUACAGAACCUGGGGACACCUCGGCUAGGGCAGCGAUUCUCACAGGUCAGUAUCCUGUCCGGUAUGGCAUGCUCAGGGACGCUAAAGCCUUGCCUAUCCUUCGUAACUCGGACUUUCACAGUGUCGCCCAGCCAGGGGGACUUAAUGGCUUGAAUGGGACACUUUUACCGACAUUCUUGAAAUAUCAGGGCUACAGACAGGCUAUGAUUGGUAAAUGGAACCUUGGUGUUGGAGAAGGAGGAGAACACUUACCCCUAAAUCUUGGAUUUGACUUAUUUUACGGCACCCCAGUGUCCCACGGACCCCAGUGUACUCUGAACGACGAGUUCCGCAUUACAGACUUAGACAUGCUCUUCUCAUUUAGUCGUAGACUUUUACCCGUUCUAAUAGCAUUGCUGGUAACAAGUCACUUUGGCCUUCUGCGCAAACCAUUGGCAAAGUUUCUGCUUGGUGUUAAUGUCAUAGCUGUAAUAGCUUAUGGAUCGUAUCUUUCUUUCGCCGUUUUCAAUCCAAAAUCGUGCGUUUGGAUGCAUAACCAGAAUAUCUUGGAACAGCCUUAUGUGGAAGAAAACAUGACAUUACGAAUGACCAAAAAGUCGCUGGAAUUCGUUUCCGCCAUGGCCAAAGAAAAAGAACCGUUUUUCCUAUUUAUGUCUUAUCUCCAGCCUCAUUAUCCACCAUUUGUCUCCCCUUGGUUUCGGAACAGAUCUGGACAAGGUCUGUAUAAGGACUCCGUAAUGGAAAUGGAUUGGAGUGUCGGGGCCAUCCUAAACAAGCUUAAAGAUCUUAACGUUUACAAGGACACACUGAUCAUCUUUGCUUCCGAUAACGGUGCCGAGUUAACAAACCCUAUCACCAAAGCCCAGCAUCCUGAAGGCAUGAGGGGAUCUCUUCGCUAUUUCACGGGGCAUUCGUAUGAUGUACUGCAUUUAAAGGGAGAAAAACAAACAGUGUUGGAGGGUGGUAUACGCGUUCCCGCCAUUAUCACAUGGCCAGCAGUCAUACAGACGCAACAACAGACCUCUGUAAUUGCCAGCUUAAUGGAUAUACUCCCAACAAUACGUGACAUUGUACAACCUGGGUUUCUUCUGAACGUAGAUGGCAUAAGUCUACUUCCGAGACUGAAAGAUCCCAGGACUGCCGUUUCGAGUAGAGCUCUUAUGCAUUAUUGUGACAUCAGUGGAGUUGCAGCUGUCACUUUUGACAAGUACAAGGUUUACUCGCGUAGUUGCUCAGGAGACAUUUUUAACCCGCCUUUAUUGUUUGACGUAGAAAAAGAUCCCACCGAAAGCAAGUCACUUUCUUUCAAUGAUCAUGAGACGAUGGUAAGCAAGGUCUUGUCGGCUGUUGAUCUCCACAAGUCCAGCCUGUCACCAUACCCAUCGCAGUUCACCCAACUUUUAAGACCAUGGUUAUAUUUAUGUCACAAUCCACCAUUUUGCAAGAAACAACUGACGGAAAAGGAAGACUUCCAUGGCUUAUUUGAAUAAGUUUUAAGUUUAAAAAAUUGACGUACUUCUAAUAAACACUGUGA